AUGAACCGCCGCAUCAGAAAGCAAUCUGCUGCCGAGAAGUCCGACAAUGGCUACCUACGUUACCUAAGGCCUGGCGCCCUCGCUCAGCUCCGUGACUCCAAAAUCAACGCUAGAUCUCUUCUACGAUCAUGCAACUCUCAGAUCUAUCUCCAUCGCGCUAUUCCAUCUUCACCUUCACGCUCUUCCGAAGCCGUCGGUUCCAUCCAGCAACAGCAACAGGAAGUUACCGGCACUUUCAUCACGACCGAUGGUGAAUUGCCUUUUCUCUCCGGAAGGUCAUAUGCGCCUCGUUGUCCACAGAGGAAGAGGCUUACGGCUGCAAGAUCGAUGUUUUAUUUAAACCAUAACUCUACCAGUCUGACCUCCGAUGGCCCUGAACCUGCCAUUGACGUUUUCAGUACUGAUUUCCUUGUUGCUCAUUAG